CGCGUUUGAAAAAACCAAAGGCAAUCGUCAACGUCAACACUGGCCUGCACCGUGCACCCGUCGAGAUGAGUGCAGCCGCUGGCCCAUCGCGAGGCAGUGGAUCUGUCGCGUCCGGGAGCACGCCCACUUCACCGAAGAAGAAGAACAAGAGGCAGAGGGAGACCAGUGCGCCUGGCUACACAGGGCCUCUUGUGCCUACGAACAACGGCAAGGGCGGGCCAGUGAAGAUGCCUCUGGUCAUACGGUCGGGCUAUGCUAUACCAGGUGCAGCGACCAAGGUAGCCAAGCAACGUGCGAAGCAUGUUGUGUCUCGCAUGUCUACCUCGCAGACCGGACUAGAACCAGUGUACGAUCAAGAGAUCCUCAGGGAGUUCGGUGUGGAGAUCGACGUCAGCACCAUGUCAGCGAAACAGAUCAGGCGUAAGCGGGACAGGAUGUACAGGGAGCGGCAAGCGCAAGCAGAUCUGCCGGCAGGCGGGAAAUCCAAUAAGCUCGUCAUCCGCGAAUUGAAGCGCCAGCAGAAGAUGGCUGCUGCAAAGGCAGGCCAGGCAUCAUCUGGAAAGGGCCCGACUCCGUCUGCAUCGGGCAGUAGAGAAGGCUCCAGCAGAAGUACGCUGGAGAGCUCACCACAAGGCCCGAAUGAAGGAGAGGACGCGAAAGAGGAAGAAAGUGCGCGGCCUCCGAGGCGAAAGCGCGGGAAGAAGGCGAAGAGUGACGUGAUCGAUCUUGACGGCGAGAGCAUCGUCGAAUCAGUCCCGAAGGACAGUCAGGCUGAGCCCGACCCGAUGUUUGUCGAGGAUGAUGCUGGCAUGCCUGCCCAGGCUGCAGAUAGGCUGGCCACGCUGCCUGCAGGCCUCCUCUCCAACUUUAUGUCAGGUACAGACAUCCAGCAAGCUUCUUCCGAAGUAGACCUAUCAGAGCUAGAUGGCAUACCCGUCGAAGAAACCGGCGAAGCACCUAUGCCUUUCGAGCACUCACUCCCGUCAACGCCUGCCGUGGCGCAGCAAGAGGCUGAAGCCGCUUCAUCGCUCUUCACAAUCGAUGCAGAGCCUGCGCCUGUCAAGGGCAGCAAGACGACUGAACAGACUGGUGAUCUUCUGCCUGAUGAGAUUCUUCUCGAGGCAAAAGGUCCGGUAGAGGAGAUCGCGCUCGAUGAGGGCGAUAUGAAGGGCAUCAUCAAUGAUGACAACACGCGCGCAACAGCUGUCAAGAGAUACUAUGAUGACGAGGAUGGACCUGCUCGACCGCGCAACGAUACGGUCAAGUGCGGCAGAUGCGGUGAACAGGGCCAUAUCGCCAAGGAUUGCGAGCAUCAGCAGUGCAUGACCUGUGGCGCGAUGGACGAUCAUGAAUUCAGAGAUUGUCCGCUCCUCAAGGUCUGUUGGCGAUGCGGCAACAAAGGUCACACGAACGGUGUAAGCUCAAAUCCUGCUUCGCUCGUUCGACGGCUGACAUGAAGCUGGAUUAUCAGAAAUGUAACAUGCCGGUCGCUUCUCUCAGAUGCCCACGCUGCAAUCAGAAAGGUCAUGCAUCCGACAAUUGCCCAACAAUUUGGCGAGUCUACCCUGAACUACCGCUCGAACGACACACUGCAGCCAAACCCAAUCCGUGCUGCUACAAUUGCGGACAUCGAGGUCAUUUCGGC